AUGAAAAGCAAGAACGAAUCAAACUCUGCUUUUUAUCGAGCCCGACGACCGUCUCCGCUUUCAUCAGAUUUCAUGAAUAUCAACGACCCGAACCAGUCCAUUACCAAGCAUCACUCUAUCAGAGGUAUCCAGUCGAAAGACUCUUCUUCAGGCCUACAGUCCAGUAAACGGAAGUUCAGCUUCAACAAGGACCCCGAAAGAAGACAAGCACACAUGGAAAAGUUGCUGCAGGCAGAAAGACGAAGAAGCUUCACCACUGUUGGGAGUCUCCUGCAGCGUCCGUGCUUGCCUUCUAGCGGCCAGCAGGGAAAAGAAGGAGAUGAGAUCGUCUACCCGGCAAGUGAUCAAGUUAAACAUAGGUGGCGACGGCUGAUUGCCUGCAGAAACCCAGUCUCAGGAGGCCAGAAACGACUGCCCAUGACUUCAUGGUGUAACACCGAGAGACUAUCUCCAAACCUUACCCCAGUUGAUAACUCGAACCCAAACUCAACGGCAGAAAAUAGUGUCAAUUGUUUGGAUGGCGACUCGAGUGACACAGAACCUGGAAACCAGGUGGAAGAGACGUUCCCCAUGCAGGCAGUAAGACAGCCUUUCUUUGAGAUUAGCAGUUUAAUCUCUCCUGGAAAUCAUGUAUUUUUGGACGAUCGACUUGGAAACCCAAGCACAGGGACUAUUGCUGACAACUGCAUCGAAGAGCCUUUCGAUCUAGACCAGCUGCAUUCGCCUUCAAUUGAGGAGUUAGCCCAAAUCGCCAUGGGCUUUUCAAGCCCUGUUGAGCUUGCGUUAGAAAAUCUUAGUGAAGAGGAUCCCUUAUCUGGCUCCAGAGAUGAUACAGAGUCUUUUUCAGACAGUCUUCUAGAGGCCGGAUGGCCACAGUCCAUGCGGGCUGCGGACGAGUUGGCAAAUGGGUGUAUAGUCAGCGACCAGGUCACGAGCAUCGCUGCCUCCCCCCUGGUAGGGCAGAUAGGCGAAGAAUCCGAGUCCUACACGUCGCUGAAUCGUUCUUCACCGAUUGACAAUUUGGAAAUUUAUUUUCACCCUUCCCUUUGUGCCAAUCCAACUAUAUCAACUGCAACGCCCUCCUUUGCUCAUUCUAAUUCCCUAUUCCCUUCAGCCUCUUCUUCCUCCUCUUCAUCGUCGUCUACAUCCCCCCUCGCUUUUUCCAUAGCUUCGACAACGCCACUUAUCGUCCCAGCGCAACAGGCUCAGGAUACCGCUAGUCCUGACGGCCUUUGUGAGCUUCGAUAA